AUCGGAUGAAGAAGUUCCGACUUAAUAUUUUUUUUUUUUUGAAGAUCACAGCAGCCUAUCUAAGUAUGGUUAUGUGCUCACCAUUGGUUUUAUUCUUCUAUCUGCCUGCCUUCACAGUAUUACCUUGCAUUGCCUUAAUCCAUGUCUAUGUGUAUCCAUGCAUGCGACGUUUCACAAAAGGAUAGGGGUAACCAUGAUCAUGGCUGAUAUCAGGUAAUCGAUGGAAUUCGAGCAUUGCA